AUGUUGGCCAAGUUCGUUUGCGAGGCAGAAAAAUUGCCAUACUUACUCGAAUUCUGCAUGCAUAGCUGUGCAGCUUUGCCACUCGUGUGGAAACAAAAGGAAACCCAGCUGGCUCCGUCGUGUUUCGGAGAUUUCGAUGAAAGUUCAUCAGAGGAUGAAGAGAAUACACUCGUGGACCAUGUAAACGAAAGAGAUGAUGUGGCCUGUGUGAUAAGAAGAUCACCACCAUCGGUGGUUGCUCAUAUCUACCCAGUACAUCUCCUCGAGACAGGAAAGACAUAUCCUUCAUUCUGGGACAUGCUGCGAUUUUCUUGGACAUCGGACCGUGUCUCAAAAUGGCACCGACAAAUUUUCACAAACCCCGAAUACCCAGAUAGACCGUUUGACUCAGUCAAGAACAUGUUAUGCCUGGUCCCAGGUGUCCAUCGGAUGUGGAAUAAUGGAAACUUUGCACUGAAACCAGUCGGAUAG